CAGCGCGGCGCGAGGGACAAUCCCACCAACACCACCGCACUGUCCACUGUCCCGUGUCCUUUCUCUUGUCCAGGCACAGAAAGCGCUUUGUUCGGACCCGUUUCAAGGGGACUACCGCGGGACUAUGGAGCCGUUAGUGGCCGCCAUUGACCAGGGCACGAGCUCGACCCGGUUCCUGGUGUUCAAUGCACGCACAGCAGAAGUGGUCAGUCACCACCAGGUGGAGAUCUCCCAGAGCUUCCCCAAAGAAGGCUGGGUGGAGGCGGACCCAAAAGAGAUCAUGCAGUCUGUGUACCAGGUGAUGGAGAGAACCUGGGAGAAGCUCCACCAGCUCAGAGUGGACAUCUCCAGAAUCAAAGCCAUCGGAGUGACCAACCAGAGAGAGACCACCCUGGUGUGGGACAGGGAGACCGGAGAGCCCCUCUACAACGCCAUUGUGUGGUUGGACUUGCGCACUCAGUCCACAGUGGAGAGACUCAUCAGCAAAGCUCCAGGACGAAACAAGAACCAUCUCAAGCAUAAGACAGGCCUGCCCAUCAGCACAUACUUCAGUGCGGUCAAACUGCGCUGGCUGCUGGACAACGUGGACGAGGUGAAGCAGGCGGUGGUCAGCGGCAGAGCCAUGUUCGGGACUGUGGACUCCUGGAUAAUCUGGUGUCUGACCGGAGGCAGAAAUGGAGGGGUCCACUGCACAGACGUGACCAAUGCCAGCCGCACCAUGCUUUUCAACAUCCACUCUCUCAGCUGGGAUAACGAGCUCUGCAGGUACUUUGACGUCCCCAUGGAAAUACUUCCCAGAGUCCGGAGCUCAUCGGAGAUCUACGGCUACAUGAGCGCUGGGCCUCUGGCUGGAGUGCCCAUCUCAGGGUGUCUGGGAGACCAGUCUGCGGCAUUGGUGGGUCAGAUGUGCUUCAGCAAGGGCCAGGCCAAAAACACGUAUGGGACUGGAUGUUUUCUGCUGAGGAACACUGGAACUAAGCCCCUGAUGUCGGAGCACGGCCUCCUUACCACUGUGGCCUAUAAACUGGGCAAAAACCAACCAGCACAUUAUGCUCUUGAGGGCUCUGUGGCCAUAGCAGGAGCUGUGGUGCGCUGGCUCCGGGACAACAUGGGCAUCGUGCAGUCCUCAGAUGAUAUCGAAAAGCUGGCAGCCGCUGCAGGCACUUCCUAUGGCUGUUACUUUGUACCAGCAUUUUCAGGACUCUAUGCCCCCUACUGGGAGCCCAGUGCACGAGGGAUCAUCUGUGGACUCACACAGUUCACAAACAGAAAUCACCUGGCCUUUGCAGCUCUGGAGGCCGUCUGCUUCCAGACCAGAGAGAUCGUGGACGCCAUGAACUUGGACAGUGGGGUGGAGCUGUCUCAGCUACAGGUGGACGGGGGUAUGACGUCCAACAGGCUGCUCAUGCAACUGCAGGCCGACAUCCUCUGUACAGCUGUGGUGAAACCGUCCAUGCCGGAGACCACGGCUCUGGGGGCGGCUAUGGCAGCGGGCGCAGCAGAGGGGGUGGAGGUGUGGAACCUGAGCCCAGAGCAACUGCCCCUGGUCAGUGUGGAGACGUACGAGCCGCAGAUCAACAUUGAAGAGAGUGAGUACCGCUUUGCUCGGUGGAAGAAGGCCGUGCAGAAAGCCAUGAACUGGGAGACCACAGAGCCGAGCUGCCAAGACAACGGUGUAGGAAAGAGGCUGAACGGCGCCCCCUGGGGAGUGUCUCCCAGCCCCCCCUCCUCCAGAGUGGACCACUGAGGUGAUCAGCAGAAGCAUAAUGGAAGUUAGAAUAUGAAGACUACGAUAAAUGGACCGACUUGAACCUGAAUGCUGCUCCUCCCACACACAGCUGAUGAAGAACAAAACCACAAGUGCCACCACCAACCACCAGGGGUCCUCACUUCUCAUGUAUUUCAAUAUGGACACUGAGGUUUACAUGCAGGUCUACAGAACCAAAUUACAGCCCUACUCUGAGCAUGUCAUUUUAAAAACUGCAUGUAAUCAUGGGACUACUGUAAGAAAGAUUUCACUGAACGUAAUGAUCUGAGGACUGGAUAUUUUCAACUACACAAUGAACAGUUAGGAAAAUACCAUAUUUUAUCAGGUGUUAAACCCAGCUUGCCUUUCUCUCUUAAAGGGAUACUGUGUCACUUUUCUAUUAAAUAUGAAUUAAUUUAUUGUAAUUGUGUUUUCAAAUGUAAUAUUGAAUGGACUUGCUAUGAACUUUUAUUCUAUAUGAUGGACAUCAUUUUGUAAGUUCUAACUAUUUAUUCGCAAUCCUGCCAAUUGUUUUUGAUUUGAUUUCUUUUGUAUAAUCUUGUCUACAAUUUAUCAUUUUAAAACAAAAACACAAUUUUCAGAUUUCAAAGCACAACAGACAAUAUAAAAUGUAUACUUAAGCAGAGUAAAAGUACAGCUACAUGGCAACAAGUACAGCUGCCAAAUUUGAACUUAGGAUAUAAAGUACGUAUUUUUACUACACAUUUUAGAUCAGGAUUUUAAACAAAACUUAAUUUUUUCAUCAAGCUCUAGCCAAUCAGAGCAGUGCAUUUGGACAGUUGGGACUUGGCCUGUACUCAGUAACUCUAGAUUUUAAAUGUAGCAAAUUACGAUUAUAUGGAAAUUAAACUCAACUACAAGUACAAAAAAAUCAACUCAAUUUAAGUAACAUGAGUAUUUGUAACUUUACACCUCUGAAAAAUAUAUACCGAAGGAUUAUGUCUCUUAAUUUUGUAGCAUAAAAUGUUUACACCAAAUUGACCGUAAUUUUUAAUUUUUUUUGUUUUAUUUUGGGAUUUUUAGUGUUGUACAUAGAAGUUAAUCCGAUCCUGCCUACUGUAAUUUAAAUUGAACUGUGUGGUUUCUUUGUAAAUGAUGAACGAUUGAACCGAUCCUGUGUGUUUUGGCAAGAGUCAUGUAGAUUGUAACGCCAUAAAAUUCUUGUCAAA